GCGGUAGUUCUGCUUCUGUUUUGGCCUUCCCUUGUGGAGGAUCCUAGCUUUUCCGUUGCUGUGGUUCAAAACUGCUCACGGUCUGGAAAUCGGCACCAUGGCAAGCCCAAAGAAACCGUCUCUGCUGAAGAGACUCAACGACAAGCUAGGGUUGAAGAUCAAUCUCCCAACCAUAUUGUUGAUGUUCAAAGGAGCCGUCGCCCCUACAGUUGGCCUCGCCAUAUAUCAAGAUGCUAGCGUCGCAGCUCACUACUCGACAAUCGGCUACCUCAUCCCUAUCAUGUCACUCUUCGUCGUUCCGAUUCUCCCCCGAGCCAGAUUUCUGCAGAAUUUCUUCGUCACUGGUUUCCUGACCUGCCUCGCCGCAGCAAUAUCCCUUCUCUACAUGUGGACUGCAAUCAAAGCUCGAAAAAACACGACCCAUCUGUCAGCCGAGCAGCGAAGUAAUGGACCCGUCCCGGGGGCCGAAGUCGUGCCCUACAACGCAGCAGCAAGCGCAUGCCUUGCUGUGUGGUUCUUCUUCUGGCUCUGGGCUUACAACACGUUUCGCGCUUUUCGGCCGCAGUACUUCCUGCCUCUCAUCGUGUUUGGUAUAUUUAUCAACAUCACGGCUGUAUACGGUGCCAUAUUCCCGGAGAUGGAACAAGCAUAUUCUCUAAUACGGCGACUCCUUGAUACCUUCUUUGUCGGAUUCGGGCUUGCAUUCGCCGUCCACUUUGUGGUACUACCUAUCACCUCACGGGAUCUAGCGACACUGAUCCUGACCGAGUAUCUCCACGUCCUCAAAGGCGUCAUUGACGCUAAAGCAGCACUACUCAUCUCUUUGCCUUCUCGUGAUUGGAACAGCGGGAGCAGGACAAGCAGCUUGGAGAGUGACAGCGAAGGAGGCGAACCGAUUGAACGAUUGACCCCGUGGCCCGAGGCUGACAAAUGGCGGGCGCUCACUGCGGAGGCGACCGAAUGCCAGGUCAAGAUACAGUCGGAGAUGCGUUAUGUCAAACGUGAGGUUACAUUUGGGAAAUUAUCGAGUAAGGAUUUCUCGAGUAUCACAAAACUGCUGAGGAAUAUCUUGAUACCAAUCGCUGGCCUGGAGACGGUGAUCCAGGUGAACGACCGAGUUGAGAAGCAAGGAGGAUGGACGUCAAUCAAAACUUACAAGGACGGUUCCAACUCCGAAGUGUCAGAUCGAGCAUUGAAAGACGUGGAGAAAGAGCGGUGGAGUUUGUUGUUUGGCCAGGUUGACGGAGCCUUCAAACUGCUGUGGCAGGCGAUGAUUGAAGGGCUCGACUAUGCAUUCUUCACACUGAAAAUCACCAAGAAGCCGGCAUUUACGACCAAAGCCGAGCUCGAGGCGAAAGCAGGCGAGCCUCCAGACGGAAAAGGUUUUGCACAGUACCUUGAAAAUACCAUCAACAAGUUUUUGGCUGAACGGGAAGGACCUUUGAAAGAAUGGUGUCGGAUGAAUGAAGCCGAAGAGACCAGUGGUCAAUCGUCCACUCGGUCCUCACAUAAGCGACAUUCAUCCCAACUGUACCUUCUUCUGGAUCUCGAAUACUGCGUUGUAACAACCGCAAUGGGAGUCCUCGACCUCGUUCGAUUCGCCGAUUCCAAAGUCGAAGAUGGCACUAUGAGCAAGAGACGGUUAUUAACCCCUACCUGGAAACAGUGGAAGAAGUGGGCAUGGGCAGUCAUCAGCCGUGAGGACAGCAACCUGGAUUACACGGCAUACAGCUAUCGAAGCGGUACCCCUACGGUUUAUCUGGGCGAUGCUCUAGGGGUCAACCGGGAUCCUGAGCACCUCCCGCCCGUGACGUGGUGGGAGAAGGUGACCGACUACUUCCGCCUGAUUCCUAGGCUUUUCGGCUCGAAGGAGUCCUGGUUCGGCUUCAAGGUCGCCGUGGGCACCAUGAUCAUCGCACUCACCGCCUUCUUGCGCAACUCGCAGCAAUUCUAUAUCAAGCAGCGCAUCAUCUGGGGUGCCAUUAUGGUUGCCAUCAGCAUGACUCAAACCGCCGGGUCGGGCAUGUAUGGACAAUUCGUGAGAGUUUUUGGCACGUUCCUGGCCAUGGUCCUCUCCUACAUUGACUGGUACAUCGUGGAUGGCGACACGGCCGGGGUCAUUGUCUUUGUGGGCCUGACCGUAUUCCUCUAUCACUACCUCAUGGUCACGAAACCGAACGACCCGGUCAUCCCCAUGAUCGGCAUGAUCACCGUCAUGUUAAUCGUCGCGUACGAGCUUCAGGUCAAGCAGGUGGGCCUCGCCAUUUCCGAAUCGAACGGCCAAAUCUUCCACCCCUUGUACGAGCUGGCACCUUACCGACUCGCCUGUGUACUUGGUGGUGUGGGCGUCGCCUGCUUGCUAACAUACUUCCCAAGCGUGACCACGGCGAGAAGCGAGAUGCGGAAGGACCUGGGGAAUACAUUGUAUUUACUGGGCCAGUACUACAGCUCCUCGCACAAGGCGGUUUCGUUGCGGCUGAAAGGGCUAGAAGGGGAUCCCAAAGACAAGAAAAGCCCGCUUCGCCGGCUGGAGAAGGCCCGCACUCAGCUCUUUGCGAAAAACCUGAUUCUCAUCCAGGCCAUGAAGAAUCAUCUCAAGUUCAUCAGAUGGGAGCCGACGUUUGGAGGCCGGUUUCCCAAGGAGCUCUAUGAGAGGAUGCUUGCGCACACGGAGAACAUCCUUCGUUUUACGGCCAUGAUCGCAUGGACGACCAAGACGUUCAAAGAAAUCCCCGAGUCGGCCGGCCACCGGGAAGGGCCCAACCCCGUCGUCGCCACUGACGGGACCGGCACCUGGCUCAAGGACUUUACCCAACUCAUCGCGUCGCUGGAACUGACCUCGCACAACGUCACGUCACUGCUCGCCAUCCUCUCCGGCUCGAUCGGCUCCGGCAAGCCCCUCCCGCCUUACCUGCGGCCGCCGGAGCGAUUCCACAUUGGCGAAAUGCUCUCCUCGCUCGACUCGGGCAUCUUGGACACCAAGCACAUCUGCGAGCCGGGGUAUUCGGCCUUUGCCGUCAUGCAGGUCUGCACGACCAUGCUGAACGAGGACCUGGCGGACCUGUUGGCCGACACGAAGAGGCUGGUCGGCGAGGCCGAGUUCAACCUGGACGUCGUGCAGGAGGACUACGAGCGGAAUGUCGGGAUGGUCCCGCGAGAGAUCCGGGAGAAGACGGACUGAAUCAAGUCUGGAUUGAAGAGGUAAGAAAGGGGGAAGUUGAAGCGGUUUGCAUUUUGUAGAUCUUGGGAACCGGAGAGGUUGAGACGAUGGGUUUUUGCGCCGAAAAGCCACACGCUUGAUCUCGCGAGGCCCCAAUGGGCAAAAUCGUCACUCGACCAACGUGGUCGUUUUCCAGCACGUCUAAUGUGGGCAAAGCACAUUCGAGCGCCUCGAAAAGCCGCCCCUGGGUGGAUGAGUAUAAAUUUGCACGGCAGGGGAAUCCAAGGGUUUAUAUCACCGGUUAUAUUUUGUGGAUGAAAAGCGAGUAAUAUAGCAGCACAUUCAUUGGGUUACAUAUGUAGCAUUCAGGGUAUUUUUAUUGCACGGAAGAAGAUUCCC